CUAUUGGGAACACCACAAUCAACUUUUGUGAGACUAUCAAAACAGUAUUAAUUUCAGAUAAGUAAAAGCAGAAAAUAUUCACUGGAUUCUGCUGGUUAACCGUUAACAUAAUAAUGGCUGCCAACUAUCCAAGAAUCAGUGCAAGCGAUCGAAAUCUUCAUUUGGCCGUACUGAAUGUCAGUUCAUACAGAAGAUUGGGAUUAUUUUUAAAUAUCCGAAGCUCUGGCCAUGAGGUCAACGAUUUUCAGGGCUUGGCAGAGAAAAUAGGCUUCGAAUAUAUGGAAAUACUGAAUUUUGAACAAGACCCGGAUCCCACCAAACGAGUCAUAAGGGAAUGGGUUCAAAGAGGUGAUUUGAAUCCGACUAUUGGUCAACUGUUUGAUUAUUUAGAAGAAAUGGAAAGAAUAGAUGUCAUAACUGAAUGUUAUCCCUUGAUUUUAAAAGAUAUUGAAACGUUCUCUAAGAAGAGAGGAUUAAAUUUUUCACCAUUACAAGAUCAGACUGUGUCACAGAGUACAAUGGCUGCUAAUAACUAUAAGAUUAUAGAUGAUCACACUGUCGAUGAAACUCAGAUUAUGACUGUUGAAGACGUCGAACAUGGAUCUCCACAAUUAUACGAUGCAUUUGUCUGUUAUUGUCCAGAGGGUGAAGAUAUCAAAUUUGUUAAAAUGAUGAUAUCAAUAUUAGAAAGUGAGCCCUACAAUCUGAAGCUGUUUGUACCAGGUCGUAAUGAUUUACCGGGAGCGGCAUCUCAUACAGUUAGUGCUAGUUUAAUUGAAAACAGGUGUAGACGUAUGGUGAUCAUCAUUUCUCAUACUUAUCUUAAAAGUCCAGCCUGUGAUUUCCAAACUAAAUUUGCCUUUUGCUUAUCACCUGGUGCAAGAAGUAAGAAACUUGUUCCAGUAUUGAUAGAACCAUGUACCAUUCCAUCUAUACUCCGUCACAUUACAAUGUGUGACUAUACCAAGAAAGAUUUACAGGAAUGGAUUUGGAGACGUUUAGUUGAAUCUAUUCGAGCUCCACUAAACGCCAUAGAAUGGCAAGAAAGACAUAUCGAAUCCUCCGAUAUCACACUUACCAUUUCAUCCAGUUAUGAUGACCUGUUCAGUUCUUCACCUAAUGCAUCAUCAACAUCAAUCUCAACUUCCCCUGCACAAAUGUCACGGUUAUCUCAACAAUCGCCAAGUUCAUCAAACAAGAAAUCGAAAGCCCAUACUUGGAGCCAUUCCACAGCUUGCUAAGAGUAUCUAAUUACACAAAGAGCAAUGAUAAAGCGAUAUAAAAUGCUUAUUAAAUAUAGAGUGAAUUCUAAAGGUACAUACAUGUAUAUUAUGAUACGGUUUGCAAUGUCAGACUUUACAGGUAACUAAUUAGUGAGAGGGCAAAAAGUUUAUAUAACUUUCUGUAUAUUUGUAUUAUAUUGUCUUAUUUUAUUUGUUUGUUUGUCUAUUUGGUUGUAGGUAUAUGAAAAGGUAAUUGAAACGGUACAAGACCAGAAUAAAAUAUGCUUAUUACAAAUUAAUUGAUAAGAAUUGAAUGGGAGUGCUCGUCUGAAUGAGUCUAGUUGUCUUACCUCGAAUAUACCCUCAAAAAUAUUUUGUAGGAGGCAAAUCAUAAAUUAUGAAUAAUUGUUAUUAUAUUCAUAUAAUUAAAACAAACUUUUUAUUUAUAUUAAAUUUAGAGUAAAAGGGAAACUUUUUAGGCUGGACCUGAAGAUAUUUACAAUAAAAUAAGAUUAUUGCUA